CUUUCAGAAAACAAUCAUGGCAUCCACCUGCCACAGAAUCUCACGCAGCUCUCUUCCCUGAACUUGAGUUCGCUUUGACCCCGACGUGGCCAUGUCGAUUCAUGACUCAUCUUCAGCGAUUAAGCCGGGUUUUGAUCCUUUCAUCGUUAGUACAUCCCUUGACAAGCCGGACGGGGAGACGCGCAAGUUCAUCCGCAGCCAUGUAAUGCGCGGGAAGAAUACGCGCAGGGGCAAACGCAGCAAGGCGCUAGCCCAGCGUGUUGAGCAGCGCAGGGAUCAGUGGCCCCCGAAAGAGAGAGAGCAAGGCGAAAAGCAGGAAGAGCGGGACGACCAGGAAUGGAUCCUCACGACACCCCGAAAGAUCGCGUCUGAGCUUUCUCUUUUUGGAUAUGUAACCGAUAUCAAACCCUAUAUGCUGGAUCUCAUUGCUCGAGCUUUCACCGUCAUCAAACCGGCAACAUACACAAUAGAGACCGCCCUUGUCGAGGGUACACGUGACCGUGUUUUCUGUUUCAGCAAUGUUUCGCAGAGCCCGGCCAUGAUCCACUCAGUAUUGUUCACUGCCCAGGCUUUCCACGACUUGACUAUCGGGGCUUCCUAUGGCAAGGUUGCCCAGUUCCACCUCGCAAAGACGCUUUACUACCUCCAACGAAUUUUAGAUGACGGAAACGAAGCGACAACGAACACCACCAUGGCCGUCGUGACAUCGCUGGCGACCGCAGCGGCCAUCUUCGGCGACCUUGAAACAGCUGCGAAGCACAUUGAUGGGCUGCAUCGCAUGGUUGAGUUGCGUGGGGGGUUGAAGUCCCUUGGCCAGGGGAGUAUGAUAGAACACAAGGCCCAAAGGAUUGAUCUUGGCCUCGCUAUUGGAACUGGAAGCAAGACGCGCUUCUUCCGAGAGGACAUCUCCUGGAGCCCCAGCAUUGCUCAUGGUAGGCCCGCGACCAGAUUUCCUGAACUGAGCUUGGUGCAUCCCCGGCCCGACCCGAGACUCUUAAACAUCUGGGCCGAUCUACGAGAAUUUUCACGAACCGCAAACGAGGCCACGGAAACCGGCGUCAAGAUGGCACCCAACAUCUUCUCCCAGCUCACCACGUCGGUCCCACACCGGCUGGUCAGUCUGCAGUUCGAUCCGACAUCCCUCCACGAGCUGUUGAGGCUGUGCAUGCUGGCGUACAUGAAGAGCGUCCUCAUCCAGAUCGAAGGCAUCGGGAAGAAGAUGGCAUUCCUGGCAGGCAGGCUGAAGACCGCGCUGCUGGCGCAGCAGCACCCACCGCAUCCCGAGGGGGCCGAUAUUCUCCUCUGGGCUUUGUUUAUCGCGGGCUUGUCUAUCUUUGAGGACUUUGACCGGGACUGGCUCCGGGCAGCGAUGGGGCAGGCUGUUUUGUCUCUUCGUCUCCGGACCUGGGAGGAGGCUAGGGUUGUUGUGAAGAGGUUCUUGUGGAUCGACAUUGUUUAUGAACAACCCGGAAAACGGUUAUUUGAGGAAUGGUUUGUAAAUAGCAGCCGAGAUGGGGGCUGAGAGCAUUUCAGGAACGAGUGGCUUGUGCUGAGGGAGG